CAUAAUUUUCCCAAGAUUUUUUCCUGAUUCUUAAGAAUAAUCUGAUUCUUAAUUAAAAGACUCCUUGUAACUUGUAACAGAUCCAUGAUGUUGAUGGAGCUAUUUGAUGAUGGCUUUUGAAGGGGCUCUGGUAUUCAACUAACUUUGAAGGGUUUCAAUAACCCAAGCAGCUCGACAGCGGUACUGGUACUACACGGACCAUGACGGAAGAGAAUUGCUGCAAUGCCUUUCUUAUGGCUCCCAUUCUAAUUGUUGUGUCUAUGGUAAUUUUGGUUUGCAAUGAAGGAAACACAUUGGCUAUGCAUCGAUCGCUGGACGAAGCUGUCAAGAAAACAGUCCAUCUCAGUAAUCCGGAUCAUGUGGAUGCGUGGGACGAGGGAGACAUGGUUCACGUAGUGGGGUGGGCUGUCACCACAGAUGUUCUGCAGGACCAAGACUUUGGUGUACAGCCCAAGGAUCCAGUGCUGAAGCUAAAGAGGAAUGCCGAGAUGUACCAAUGGGCCGAAUCAUCUCGCAGAGAGUGCGAUGAAAGCAAAGAUGAUGAUGGAUCGUCCAAGCAUACCCAUUGCUAUACCAUAUACGAUUACUAUAGGACUUGGGCGGAUCAUCACAUAGAUUCCUCCCGAUUCUAUCACUCGGGGCAUCAAAAUCCACCUUACAUGCCAUUUAGAAAUCAACAGUGGACGGCCAAUCCCAUCACGCUGGGCAAGUUCACAUUGCCACGGAUUAUGGUCGAUCAAAUGAAUUGGUAUCAAAGAUACUAUCAAGUCUCCAUUGGCGAUAUCCCCAAUCCCUCUCUACGAUCGCAAGCACAAUAUUAUGAAAACAGAAACGGGAUCUAUUUGGGAAGGUACCCCAACCGGCCACAAAUUGGGGAUGAAAGAAUUUGGUACGACACCGUACCGCAACAAAUAAUAUCAUUGUGUGCUGUCCAAACAGGCAAUACCUUUGCACCCUACACUGCCGAAGCCGGAAAAGAAAUUCUACUCUUAGAGCCUGGCAACCACACCAUUCCGGAACUAUAUCAACAUGCUCAUGCCGCGGCUACCAACUGGGCGUUUGUAAUGAGAGGUGUUGGGUUUAUGCUGUUGUGGCUCGGGUUGAGAUAUUUUCUGGAACCGUUGACGUUCGUGGCAGAACAUGUGCCCCUCUUGGGACCUUUUCUUGGUCAACUAGUGGGAGCUGUUGCGUAUGUUGUGACAGGGCUGGUGGCCGUGGUACUGAGUGGUACCAUUGUUCUCUGCGCUUGGAUUGGCUACAGGAUUGCUGCAUUGGACUUUUUGUUCUGGACCGUACCUUUAGCACUGCUGGUGGCUGGAACGGCUGGAUAUUUGUGCUUGAAAUCUCAAAGAUCUGAUCCCAUGGUUGCUGAAAGACAAGCACUGAGAAACACCACCACCAACACCAACAACAACAACAACAACAACAACAACAAUAUGCCCUCUUACAACGAAGUGCCUUAUGGUUCCAUUCCAGAAGCACAGGCGAUUGUCUUGGAUGACGAACUAGAAAACGGUUCCUACCAAACCGUGAAUCCAGUGGCUAUUAGUGUGCCAUCGGCUCCACCAGCUUUCAUGGAUAUGAAGGCACCUCUUUGACCCUGAGGAGAGAAGGUGUAAAGGAUGGUACCAAGAGGAUUCACGCUAUCCGGUACGCAAGUUUCACAAGCAAUUGUUGCUGCCGUCUCUACACUAUAUCCACGAUUCCUGCUGAGGGCACGCUGAACAAGGAUAAGCAAGAGAAACUAAGCAGCCAAUUUUGCUUGCUUAAGCCUUCUUUGCCGAAUUCAGCAUGAAGAUUCUCUGUGGGUAAGAAGAAAUGGCUCCAUUUGACGGAGUAAUAAGUUAGUAAAUAAGCCUUGAUAAGCAGGUUCUUUCGCGGAAACCCUGCCGCCUGCGGGUGGUUCAUAAGGACGCGGGGGACAACCAAGGUCAUGCGAGCUCCUACCGGUACAUGUAUGGCGGUCAAUUGCUUCGUAUCUCACUAACUUGGCGCUCCCCACGCAUUGGUCUGUGGACUGUGGACUUGCUUGUUGGCAUUCCAACAUGGUUCCGGCUUUUGGAGCUGCAAGGGUAACUCAAACCCUACCGGUACCCCAAGUCAACUCGCUGAACACGUUGACUUGGAUCUUUGGAGAUCUUUUUCUCUGACAUCCUCAUCCAGUCUUUUGA